AUGGAGUCCCAGCAGCUCAUGAACAGCCUCCUUCCCGCUCUGAAACUGGCCGCGGACGAUUUGAUGCAGCGGCUCAAGGAAGGCGACUAUCGGGACAAGGUUUUCAGGAAAAUCACAGCGACCAAGAGAAAGCAGUUCCACUCGGUGCGCGAAAACUACGAAGUCUCCAAGACUAUGGCGCCAUUCGUCUCCUGGCUUUGGAAGGUCGAUGACGACAGCCAGGCAAACAUCACCAACACCAUCGUGCGAGCCAACCUCGUCUCUGUCCUGGACAGUCUUCGCCUCAUCCAAAUCGACAAGAAAGGCGAUGCCUUGUCGUUUCUCAGGGCGCUCGAUGCCGCCUACGAAGACGGACUCUUUGGCGAGGGUGGAACCGACCCGGCCCUGGCACUGCGCAUUCGCACCGCCCACUUUGUCGAGCACCUGGCUCGCCAGAAGGGAAGGCUGCGGACCGCCGAGUUCAUCGCAUCGGUCUUCUGCAAAAAGACGAAUAGCGUUGACUUUCCGUCUAUGCUAGAGAACGGACCCUUCAGGGCCUUGGGUGGGAAAGACGACAAGGGCGCCGCCGAGGUCUCGUCGAAGCGCACGCGCAAACUGGAAACCGUCAUGAAUGCGAACAAGAAGACGCACGGCGUGGAGAUUCUGAAGAGCAGUUUCCCGCUCAUCAAGCUCCUCGGCGACCUGGAGAAGUGGGCGCUUGACGAGUACGCGAAGGUGCAAGACGCGGACUCUCAGGAGGACGUCUUCCACGACGCCAGGCAAGGCGCACGCGAGUCGAGCGAGCCCGACACUCCGGUUGUCCGACGCGCCCCCAUGCCGCAAUCUAGCCUCUACGCUGGGCGCAGUUCCUUGACGGAGCUCAACGCGCCGCCCUCCAACCAGCAGCAGGCGGAGGCGGAGGCGGCGAUCAACAUGCCUCCGCCCCCGACGCCCGCUCGGAAUCAAGGAUCCAAAAGGCCAUCGCCGGCGCGCCCUGUGGCUACCGAGUCGGGAGGAAACGACGACGGCGACGACGACUUCGAGACGGACUCGCGGGCCCCCCCUCCAGCGAAGCGGCGGCGCAUCACACCGUCCGCCGCCCCCGCGUCAACAGCCGGCCUUCCGCCCACGUCCACCUCCUCCUCGAACCCCGCCCACUCCCAGAUCGAGAUGGACGCCGUCCGAGGCCGAGGCCUGGCCACGUCCUCGCAGGCGCGCCUCCAGCAGCGCACCGAGCUGGGCCGCCGCACGCCCUGGUCCGCGCACGACGUGGACCAGCUCAUCCGCCUCGUGGCCAAGCACCGCGCCGCGUGGUCCGCCAUCGCCAAGGACGAGACGGCACGCUGGGACCGCGACAAGGAGAAGCGCGGCCAGCAGGGGCUCCGCGACAAGGCCCGCAACCUCAAGGUCGACUUCCUCCUCGCGGACAUGCCCCUCCCGCCGUGCUUCGACCUCGUCGCCCUCAGUAGCAAGGAAGUGCGGCGCGUCGAGGACGCGGGGAGGAACCCGCAUCGCAGGGAGGAUGAACUCGACGAGAACAGGCAGCCUACGAACAAGUAUUCCUUCUUGAGACGAUGA